UACACAUGGUACUGUAACUCACAUUCAAAACAAUGAACGGCCAUUAGUUUGAAAUAAAGUAUUUGUACAAUUUGGCGACAUGUUCGUGCUGGCGGAGCUGAAGGACAACGUGAGGAUUGCGCCGGACCAGUUCCAUCUGAAGUUGGUGGACGCCGUGCGCGACGAGAUCGACCGCAAGCUGGCCAAUAAGGUCCUUCUAAACGUGGGACUAUGCAUUGCGCUGAAGGAUAUUGUUUCACUGAAGGAUUCGAUCAUUCUGCCGGGAGACGGAGCCUCGCACACGGAGGUGCUGUUCCGGUACGUGGUCUUCCGGCCGAUGGUGGGCACCGUGAUUACCGGAAAGAUACGCAACUGCAGCCGGGAAGGGGUCCAUGUGACACUGGGUUUCUUUGACGACAUCCUCAUUCCGCAUGCCGCCCUGCAGCAUCCCUCACGUUUCGAUGAGGCCGAACAGGCCUGGGUUUGGGAAUAUCCGCUCGAUGAUGGCGCCAAACACGAUCUCUUCAUGGACGUUGGUGAGCCCAUCAAGUUUCGCGUAUCACGGGAGAUCUUCGAGGAAACUUCCCCCAUUGGACCGCCAAAAGCUGAAGCUCAGGCUCAGCAGGGUGCCAGCUCAUCCUCUGCAGUCGCUUCAGCUUCCUCCCAAGAAGUGAAGACGCCAUACAGGAUUAUUGGUGCCAUUAACGAAUCCGGCCUGGGCGUGCUCUCCUGGUGGGAUCAGCAGGGCAAGGACGAUGAGCAGGACGACGAGGAGGGCGACGAGUACGACGACGAAGAUGGCGAAGGCGCAUGCGAAGAAUGAUCCUGACGCCUACUUUAUUGUAUGAUAGAUGCCACUAGCAUUAAGGUUAAGAAUUCGAUUUAAGAUGAAGUCAUGACUAUAAAGUUUGAUCUAAGCCC